AUGAAAUUUAAUCGAAAAUUACAGAAAACAAUUAUAUUGAAACGAUCAUCUCAUCAUUCUCGAAAGAAAUUAUCAAAUCAUGAUCUAUCAAUUCAAACUCAUAAUAUAAAAAAUUUCAAAAAAAAAUUUCGUUUUUCUUUUAUAAAAAACUUUAUAUGGUAUAAGAAAAAACAUAUAUCAACUGCGAACUUACCAUUAAUAUCUUCCCUAUCAUCACCACGAAUUGAAGAACUUCAUAAUGAAUUUAUGAAUGUACUAAGAGAAAUGUGUAAUAAAUCAGAAAUACAAAAAUAUCAACAAAGAAAAUAUUCAAUUCUAAGUAAUUUAUUAAAUAUAAAUCAUUUUUCCAAAGAAAUUAUUCAAGAAUAUAAUCUAUAUCAUCAAACAGAAUCUCAUACACAUAACCGAUUAUUAAUUACACGAUCCGUUGAUAAUUUUACUACAAAAUCAAUCGAACAUUAUUUGUAUUCAUCGUUAAGUUCUGAACCUAUUCAUCAAUCAUUUUUAAAAAAUAUUAUAAAACGAACAAAUAAUUCAUUAAUAAAAAUACCUUUAGAAUCAACAGCUAAUAACCGAAAUUCACCAUUGAAUAUAUCUAUAAAAUCUGAAUCAUGUUUAAAAAAGCCUAAUUCUCUUACGCAUAGUAAAUUAUCACUAAAAUCAGCAUCAGAACAACAACAAGAAGCCGCAAUUAUUGAUAUUGAAUAUCCAUCAUUAAAUUCUAUUAAACCAUUAGAAAAAUCCUAUUCAUCUCCAUUACCGAUUAAAACAAAUCAUUUAUCAUUUAGUAAUAAUUAUAUUCAAAGUGCACAUAUUAUUAGUCAAUAUGAAAAUAAAAGUAAAAUAUCUUUAUAUUCUUCUAUAAAUGAAAUGGAAAAUGAUGAAUCUAUGGAAAGUAUUAGUUCCGAUGAAGAUAAUGUUAAACGUAGUUUACUUGAAUAUCAAGAAAAUGUACAUAUGAAAAAUUUACGACAUCGAUGGAGUUUAUUUGAUGUAUGGAGAAAAACUAUGACGAAAUUACCAUCGACUUUAAAUUGUAUUUGGCGAGAAAGAUUAUAUCAUACUGGGUCAAGAGAAUUUUGUGAGUUUUAA